AUGGCUGAAGUUUUGAGAAAAUGUAAAAUUAUUAUCUGGGAUGAAUGUACAAUGGCCCACAAGCAUUCGCUUGAAGCUCUCGACAGGUCCCUAAAAGAUAUCAAAGAUAAUACUCAGCUUUUUGGUGGUGCUCUACUGCUGCUGUCAGAUGAUUUCAGACAAAUAUUACCCGUCAUUCCACGUGCGACAUAUGCGGACGAAAUAAACGCAUGUUUGAAAGAAUCUUAUUUGUGGCGAAGUGUCAGUAAAUUAUGCCUUACUCUUAAUAUGCGUGUUCAACCUCAAAGUGAUCCAUUAGCGUCAAGAUUCUCCGAACAACUGUUAGACAUUGGCAAUGGUAAAAUUCAAUUGUAUGAAGAUGCACAAUAUAUUCGACUCCCACAGAAUGUUUGCAACAUGGUGCCUACCAAAGAGGAGUUAAUAAAAAGUAUCUUUCCAGAUUUGCCACAUAAUUAUACUAAUCAUGCAUGGCUACGUGAGCGAGCUAUUUUAGCCGCAAAAAAUUUAGAUGUUGACGCAAUCAAUUUUAAAGAACAACAAUCAUUGCCUGGUAGUGAAAUUACAUUCAAAUCGAUUGACACUGUUGUUGAUCCUGAUGAAGUUGUCAACUAUCCUGCCGAGUUUUUAAAUUCACUGGAUUUACCUGGAAUGCCACCCCAUAAUUUGCGAUUGAAGAUUGGUUCACCUAUAAUUUUGCUUAGAAAUUUGAAUGCUCCGAAAUUGUGUAAUGGCACGCGACUGGUCAUAAAAAAAAUCAUGGGUAACAUUUUAGAAGCCACUAUUUUAAGUGGAAAAUUUUAA